GACAGAGCUGACUUUAAGGGAACAGGAGACUCUGAAGGGCAGUAGAAAAACUGCCACGAACUCACAGGGAAAAGCAGAACAUCUGCUGCACAAACUACAGAGUUAGAUUUAAGAACGCUAAAUAUCCGAGGACUAGGGUUGGAAUUAUUUUUUAAGUUACUAUUUAACUUUGUUGCUUCGAGAGACUGAAAAUAAACGUAUUUGUACUGGGAAGCAAUACUGAUAUCGAUAGAGCAAAUUCCCAACCGGCGAGAAUUGAACGGGUUUUUCACUGGAUAUAUUUAAUUUUUUCAAUUUGAUUUUUAAAGCUGUCAUUUGUAUUUUUGUUGCAAACGGUUGCAAGUGACUUUUUUGCAUUUCGUCCGCACAUACUUUAUAGUUUUGAAAUUUCUGCCUUGAGGAUUUGGCAGGGAUAUGAUGUCGUUUUUGCGCGUCUCUCUGGGUUUGGUGGCGGCUCUGUGCAUGAGCGCAGCUCACGGUGCAUGGGAGGAGAGUACAGUGGUGCCGGUAAAACUCGACUCAGUCCAGGCGGCGGCCAACACCGAACCGUGGCGGACUCUUAGUCCCGAGGAGCAAGAGAAAGACACAGAAAAGCGGGUAUUUCAACUAGAUGCCUUUGGCAAACGUAUGAUUUUGGACCUGGAGCCUGACCACACGUUCCUUGCCCCAGGGUUCAUAUUCCAAGUUGUGGGGCAAACCGGAGCCCAGGAAGAUGAAGCGCAACGCGAAUUUGACAGAGCAGCGACGAAGUGCUUCUUUUCAGGCUCGGUUAACGGAGAGGCCGACUCUGCGGCCGCGCUCAAUCUGUGCCACGGACUGAAGGGCGGUUUCUACCUCCAUGGUGAAGAGUACUUCAUCCAGCCAGUCAAUGUCACCAACGUGCAGUCUUCAGAAGUCGACCUCCACCUCAUCCGCAGGAGGAGUCGAGGAUCACUGCCCGAGGAGGGCAGCUCCAAAUGCGGGGUCAACGAGGAAGAGGAAAGGGUACCGGAGAGCCCCAAGAAAGAAACGAACAAGGAGGACACAACCUUUGAUCAGACAGCUCACCACCGGGCCCGCCGCUUCGUGUCAACACCGCGCUUCGUGGAGAUCCUUCUGGUGGCGGACCAGUCGAUGGCCGAGUUCCAUGGCGCGGGGCUGAAGCCCUACCUGCUGACCAUCAUGGCGGUGGCAUCCCGCCUUUACCGCCACCCCACCAUCCACAACUCCGUCAGCCUGGCCGUGGUGAAGCUGCUGGUGGUGUACGACGAGCAGCACGGGCCCGACGUCUCGUCCAACGCCGCCCUGACCCUGAGGAACUUCUGCAAGUGGCAGCGGCAGCACAACCCCCCCAGCGACCGCAACCCCGAGCACUACGACACCGCCGUGCUGUUCACCCGACAGGACUUGUGCGGCGCUCACUCCUGCGACACCCUGGGCAUGGCGGACGUGGGCACCGUGUGUGACCCCGAGAGAAGCUGCUCCAUCAUCGAGGACGACGGGCUGCAGGCCGCCUUCACCGUGGCCCACGAGCUGGGUCACGUGUUCAACAUGCCUCACGACGAUGCCAAGCAGUGCGCCAGUAUCAACGGUGCCCAAUGGAGUUCCCACAUGAUGGCGUCCACACUGUCCAACCUCAACCAGCUGCAGCCCUGGUCUCCUUGCAGUGCCCUGAUGAUCACGUCCUUCCUGGACAAUGGCCAUGGUCAGUGUCUGCUGGACAAGCCCCAGAAGCCUCAGCCGCUGCCCAAGGCCCUGCCGGGCUCGGUGUACGACGCUGACCGCCAGUGCCAGCUGACCUUCGGCGACGAGUCGCAGCACUGCCCGGACCUGAGCACCACCUGCGCGGCGCUCUGGUGCACCGUCACCACGUCCAGCGGCCUGCUGGUCUGCCAGACCAAGAACUUCCCCUGGGCCGACGGCACGCCCUGCGGCCACGACAGCUGGUGCCUCGCCGGGCAGUGCCUGAGCAAGAGCGAGGCCGCACGCUACCAGACGCCUGUGAAUGGUGGCUGGGGGAUGUGGGGGUCCUGGGGAGACUGCUCACGCACCUGCGGCGGGGGGGUCCAGUACUCCUUCAGGGACUGCAGCAACCCCAUGCCCAAAAACGGAGGCAAAUACUGCGAGGGCAAGAGGAUCCAGUACCGCUCCUGCAACACCCAGGCCUGCCCCGACACCAAUGGUCUGUCAUUCCGCGAGGAGCAGUGUCUGGCCCACAACCAAAUCUCCUCCCAGAUGACGUUCGGUUCAAGCGACAAAGUGGAAUGGGUGCCCAAGUACGCCGGCGUCUCUCCCAAGGACCGCUGCAAGCUGGUGUGUCGAGCAAAGGGGACGGGAUACUUCUUCAUACUCAAACCAAAGGUGGAGGAUGGUACCCCCUGCAGCCCGGACUCCACCUCUGUGUGUGUACAGGGCCAGUGUGUGAAGGCCGGCUGUGACCGGGUCAUCGGCUCCAGCCGCCGCUUCGAUAAGUGCGGAGUUUGUGGCGGGAACGGUUCUACGUGCAAGAAGGUGUCCGGCUCCAUGGACCGAGCCAGGCCUGGCUAUCAGGAUGUGGUGACCAUCCCAGCCGGAGCCACACACCUGGAUGUGAAGCAGCGAGCAGCAGGCGGGUCCAGGCAGGACAACAGCUACCUGGCCAUCCGCCGCCAGGACGGGACCUACCUGCUCAACGGGGACUACAGGCUGACCACCCUGGAGACGGACAUCCCCCUGCAGGGGGCGCUGCUGCGCUACAGCGGCUCGGCCGCCGUCCUGGAGCGGAUCCGGAGCUUCGCUCCCCUCCCCGAGCCCCUCACCAUCCAGGUGCUGUCCGUCGGGGACUCGCCCCGCCCCCGCGUCAAGUACAGCUACUUCGCCCCGCGCCCCGCGUCCCGCCGCCCCUCCAUCAACGCCAUCCAGGAGACGGGGGGCGCGGAGUGGGUGCUGCGGGAGUGGGGGGCCUGCUCGCGGACCUGCGGGGGAGGGGUGCAGCAGCGCUCCGUCGACUGCGUGGACUUCCAGGGCCGGCCCUCGUCCGGGUGCCCCCCGGAGCUGCGGCCUUCCUCCUCCCGGCCCUGCGCCUCUCACCCCUGUCCCACGUGGUUGCUGGGCGACUGGUCGCCGUGCUCCAAGACCUGCGGGCGGGGCUACCAGAAGCGCCUGCUGAGCUGCGUGGGCCACGACGGGCGUGCGGUCACCCCGGAGAACUGCGACCCCGGCAGCCGGCCCAGGCCCCUGCUGGACCUCUGCACCCUGAGCAGCUGUUAGAGACGCCAGCCCGGGGGAGAGAGGCCCCAGGAGCAGGGGACACUGAACACAGGCCCCUUUCCACCAGCUCAGAGAGGCCUAGGGCCUGGUGACUGUUAGCACCAGCAAAGAAGACAGACAGUUUUUUUUUUUUUUUUCCCCAUCUUAUGACAUUUCCAAAAAUCACAAACAAAAAAAAAAAAAAAGAUUUUCCUUAUAUUAAAGAACUCCAACCGCCUUACAUUCCAUCCUCCUUUGAGGAGAAUGUUUACAUGGUGACCGGUGUUUCUAAUACUGCCAGAACCAGUGAACUGUUCCCCCACAGGGCUGUCUGCGACAGAGACUAGAAUGGUGACACGACUCAAAGGCAGUGUCGAACUGAAGGGGGGGGGCAAUAUCCUGUGGCACUGCCAUGCCAUAUUGUUUCCGGGCACAGUUGGGACUGAGGAGGACAUGAAAGCUCUUUGUGUUAAAGCAGGCUUCUUUGGGUGCCAACGCCAUGCUUGUGUGAGUGUGUGUGUGUGUGUGCGUGCAGUCUGUCUGAGCUGGACUGGACAGACAGAAAUCCAGAAUGAGGUAACUUUUUUAGAAUGGGAGGUUUUUAAAUGCCAUCGGUCUUGCCUGUGUGUGUGUGUGUGUGUGUGUGUGGGAGGUGUUAUCAGUGAGUGGUGAUCAGAGAGGUAUAUGGGAUAAGGAGAUAAAAGUGCCAGUGGUCUUAGCAGUCAGACAGAUCCCCCCCCCCCCUAACUAUCCACCCAUAUCUGUAGCACCAGACUCCUCCAUACUCCUGUCCACUUCCUUCACAAGUGUGGAAGGAAGGUGGCCAAUCAGGGAGGACCUGCAAUCAAACCCCACCAUGAGGACACAGCAGGCUGAAGAAGGUUCCGGAAAUCCGUAUGCCCCCCCCCUUCCUGUCUCACCCAUCCAUCCCUGUCCCCCAGCCCACAAACGCUGCUAUUCAAACACUCCCACUUUUGUUACCGGUAAUAGCCUUCAGUACAGCCGUAAUCUCUCUCUUUCAAUGAGACCACGUGGAGAAACCAGAGGGGGGGGGGGAAAGCAGUUAUUGCGUCAAGAGAGCGUUCUUCGUUUCCCAAAUUUGUCGGUGUGUAUAUGUGUGUAUGUGUGUGUGUGUGAUGGAGAUCUAGUCAGGGACACUCCUGCUACUACUUCAUAAGUAAAUCUUUUAUCCUGCCUUCUAAGAAGGUAUGUUUUUGAAUAGCAUUUUUUGUACAUAAUAUCCAAACAUUAUUUAUUUUUGUACAGCCUGUUAUAUAUAAUCUUAUCACUUUUUUUAUUAUAUUGUUAUUGUUAUUGAUAUUAUUUGAAAUAAUGGAAGGAUGUAGAUUGUAUAGAGUAUUUAUACAAUUAUAUAUGGUUCUAGGGUUAUGAAUAAACUAUCACACUGACUUGUGAA